UUGUUUAACUGCCCACCUGCACAACUGUGACUAUCUUUUUGAUAGAAAUUAAGCCUUUUCGAGUAACAAAAUAAAGAGUGUUUUGCAUUCGUCUAAUAUAAAAUAGUUCUAUAAUACAUUUUUCUUCAUACAUAAAGUUUGAAUCAUGUUUGCCUUAUGGUAUCUGUCAUUAGCGCUCGAUGAAAUUCGAAAACGUCUUGGUUGGACGUCAAUUUUCGAUAUUUUCAAGGGCAACAAAGUAGCCACUGAUAGAGCUAUUGAACAAAAGCCUGAACCAGUUAAAGUGCCUGCACCAAAGAAACCAGAGCCAGCAAAACCGGCACCAGCACCAGUUGUGCAACCAGAAGCAAAACCAACGCCACCACCAAAGCCUGCAGCUAAGCCAGAAACACCAAAACCAAAAGCUGUAACACCAACUCCUCCACCAACGCGUACCACACCCGAACCUACACAAAAUGCACCACCAAAGAUCUCACCUGCCGAAAGUAUGGAUAGGAAAAUUUUCGGAGCACCCAAGCAUCUUGAAAAUGGAGACAGCACACCCAAAGCAAAUAUCAAAGACGCCACAAGUUCGUUCCUUGCCGGAGAAGGCCAGGCUCCUCCAACAUUCACACAGACUAAAACUAUGACUUUAAGAAACAAAUCAGACACCAUGGUUGACGCCGCUGUUCUACAAAAAUUGGAAGAUGGAUUCGCCAAAUUGGCUGCAUCUGACUCAAAGUCUCUGCUGAAGAAGUACUUGACCAAGGAAGUCUUCGACAAUCUUAAGAACAAGAAGACCCCAUCAUUCGGUUCAACUUUGUUGGAUGUUAUCCAAUCUGGUUUGGAGAACCACGAUUCCGGUGUCGGUAUCUAUGCUCCCGAUGCUGAAGCCUACUCAGUAUUCUCUGACCUCUUUGACCCCAUCAUUGAAGACUACCAUGGUGGAUUCAAGAAGACAGACAAGCAUCCAGCUCGUGACUUUGGUGAUGUAACGACCUUCACCAAUGUCGAUCCCAACAAUGAAUUUGUUGUGUCAACACGUGUCCGUUGCGGUCGCUCCCUGCAAGGUUAUCCAUUCAACCCAUGUCUAUCCGAGGCCCAAUACAAGGAAAUGGAAGAGAAGGUCUCGAGCACCUUGUCCGGCUUGGAAGGCGAGUUGAAGGGUAAAUUCUACCCAUUGACCGGCAUGGAGAAGACCGUUCAACAGCAACUCAUCGAUGAUCAUUUCUUGUUCAAGGAGGGUGAUCGUUUCUUGCAAGCCGCCAACGCCUGCCGUUACUGGCCAUCUGGUCGUGGUAUCUACCACAAUGACAACAAAACUUUCUUGGUUUGGUGCAAUGAGGAAGAUCAUCUCCGUAUCAUCUCCAUGCAAAUGGGUGGUGAUUUGGGUGAGGUCUACCGUCGUUUGGUGACAGCUGUUAACGAGAUUGAGAAGCGUAUUCCAUUCAGCCACGAUGAACGUUUGGGUUUCUUGACCUUCUGCCCAACCAACUUGGGAACCACCAUCCGUGCUUCCGUGCACAUUAAGGUACCCAAAUUGGCUGCCAACAAGGCUAAGUUGGAGGAAGUCGCCAGCAAGUACAACUUGCAAGUGCGCGGAACCCGUGGUGAACACACCGAAGCCGAAGGCGGUAUCUAUGACAUCUCAAACAAGCGUCGUAUGGGACUCACCGAAUACCAAGCUGUUAAGGAAAUGUACGAUGGUAUCACUGAGCUCAUCAAAUUGGAGAAGAGCUUGUAAAGAGGAUAUCCUUAGCAUUUUUUUCCUAUUCUUUACAUUUUUAAUUUAUGUACUGUGAGCGAUGGAAAACUAAAACAAAAAAAAAAACAAACAAAAAAAACAACAGCUAAUGUGUGAAACCAUCUAACAUUUAAAACUAAAACAAAAUAUAAAUUUUUAAUUUUAAGCCUUAAGUUUAUAAAUAAAAAUAAAACAAAAAUUAAGAAAGAAAUCUAUAGAUGCGCGAUUUAAAAAAUCAAAUCAACAAUCCACCAAAAAAGUAUUUAAAAAUAGCAUCAGUUCCACUUGUGCUCUGGAAGCACCAUCUUACUAAGGCCUGGUGGGAUUGUCAUAAGCAACAGCAUUAUGUGUAACAAAUUUUAGAACACCUAAAAAAUUAUUGUUAUGGAAAAUUUAAUAAAAGAAAAUAAACGUGAAACGAAAUAAAACAA